GCUCAGUCCCCUGGGUCUGGCGGCACCGGGGAGCUUGCUGACACCAGUGUUUCAGAGGUUGAGGAGUUGCGCCGCAUGAUGGAACGAAUGCAAAUUGCUAUGGCAGCUAAAGACGAGCAGCUGAAGAAUUUGCAGAAUGCCGCCACUGCCGCCCAGACGCACGAGCAGGCUCAGGACGAUGAGAAGGCAGACGACGCCUUGCGCAAACGUCUGCAGCGUUUGUGCGAGAGGAAGAAGAACGGGUCGUUGAACGUUCCGAAGGAGGUCCAUGAGUUGUGGAUGAAGGGGGGCGAGGACCGGGCCGAGCUCCGACGUCGCCUUAAGGACGCCAACCUGGACAAG